CUUAAAAUGAAGAAGCCUUUGCAAGUUUUUCCGAAAAAAAAAAUAUUUACCUCUUGGGAUGACGUGGAUGUUCCCCCGGAUGACUAGUACAUGUAAGAAUUCUGACGUAUUUUUUUUCUGGAGAUUCGCGUCGCCGGAAAAAGUGCAUGCCGGAGCCGCCGAAUUUCGGGUCACCGGAAUGUUGGGUCGCCGGAAUUUCGACUGGAGGUCCGGCUGGAGUGGUGGUUGCCGGAAUGAUGUAAGGUUGAUGGUGUGUUGUAAGGUUGGAGGUAGAUGGUGAGUGAAAGUAAGGUGAAAGAUAAAAAAAAUGAAGGGGUAAAUAUAGGAAGGGUAGUUAUGACAUUUAAUAGGGAGGGUGAGUAUUUAUGGGGCGGAGUUUAGUAAGCCCCUUUUUAAAUUCCAUCAAUAACCUGAAUUUGGGUCGUUUUUUCGGAUAUCUAAUAUGGCAACACACAUAUCAGAACAAAAGACAAAUAACUAAAAGACAAAAUAGCUAAAAGACAAAUAGCUAAAAUACAAAAAAGUACUAUUAAUAUUAAAAAAAAUGCUAUUCUAUUAAAAAAAAAUACAGUACCAUUCUGUUAAAAAAUAAAGAACCAUUUACAAGCACAUAUCAUACAUCCGAAAAUACUUUAUAGUAUUUGAGCCACGGCCUCCCGUAUAAAAGACCAAUGUUCUAAAAUCCAAUGUCACAAACACAGUAAUACUCCUAUUCAUCAAAUUCUAGUCCUAAAACUCUUGCUAAUUUCAAUUAGCAUAACCAAAGUGUCAAUCUUUUGGGUAAAUUAGCGAGCUUUUAGCAGAAAUUUAGAGAUGAGAAGAAGAAAUCAACAUGGGAAUAUCUACAAAGAUCCAUGUUUGACCAUGCACCAACCUUGGGCAUCUUUGCUUGUUCAUGGUAUUAAACGCAUUGAAGGGAGAUCUUGGCCUGCUCCUAUUCGAGGUCGGCUUUGGAUUCAUGCCGCUAGUAAGGUCCCAGAUGUGGCUACAGUGAAGGCGAUGGAGGAUUUUUACAGGGAAAUAUAUGCAGUGGAUGGUGUGACUGAUCUCAAGUUUCCUGAGCAUUAUCCAGUUUCAAGGCUUAUAGGUUGUGUGGAAAUUGCUGGCUGUCUUAGAGGUGAAGAACUGACCUGUUGGAAAGAAGUAUCUGAAGGGGUGAGGCUGGAAGCACUGACAAAUUUCUGUUGGCUGUGUGAACAACCUCAGAAAUUGUCAGAACCUCUAAAAAUGCGGGGUGAUCAGGGUGUUUAUAUUCUGGAAAGGAAGAUAAUGGAGGCUGCAGUUAUAGGUCUUCUUCCAGUGGAAAGUUCAUGUUCGAUAAAAUUUCCACUCCCAAAUCCAGCAGACCGUUAUUCGUUAAGGCCUGGAUCCUUGCCUCUGGACUCGUCUAAAAACAAAGUUCAUGGAGCUGAGAAGUCACCAAGUUUAAUUGCGGCCAUAGAUGGUGCAAGAGCAGCAGCUAUGCAGUACUCAAGGAAAGAUAGUAAACCUCUAAAAGACACCCCUCGAGAUAAUAAGAUGACUAAUAGUGAACUGGAAGAUAAGUUAAAAGGUGUCUCUCUGGAAGAGGAUAGAGGAGAAACUGCUGUUGACAUUGAGCACAUUGGUCAAGCUGAAGGGACGAGCAAAUUAGCCGACGUGAAGAAACAGAAACAGCAAGGUUCAAACUUCUCGCAUAGAUUAGGCCAGCACAAUGCUGGGUCUUCUCUGAUUUUUUCUGCAGCCUUGAGGGGAAUACGGCCAUCAUGAGAUUGUGAAACUCAGCAGGAAGCUUUGCGUGUUAGAUAGACACAGGAGUUAUAGACUUAAUAGUUAUUGGUUAUACAACACACGAGGUACAACACCACCACCACCACCAAGGCGGCAACAACAACAGAAAUAGAAACAGAAACAGAAACAGAAACGAACACAGUUCAUAGUGUAUGAUUGCAUAUUGCUCUGUGAUUGGGUUUUAGAUUUGUGUGUAUAAUUUUAAAAUAAUAUCCAUAAGAAAUCUGAAAUUAUUCUAAUCUUUUAAUUAUUCAGAAACUUUAUAUUUUUUAUUUUUCAUUGUUUUUUUUUUUGACAGAUUCUUUUUCAUUGUUUGAAGUCCAUAGUUUUGUAAAUGGAAUGACAUUACAAUUAGCUGGUGUAUGCUGAAAACCAUUAUAGCUUUAAUAUAUACAGCGAUUAUGAAGGUGA